AUGAUAUUUGAUGAUACUGAUGAGAAAAAUUGUAAAUGCGCGGGUGACCAACAGUAUGCGUCAGGACAAUGUACAUGCCCUGACAAUCAAGAGUUUAACGGAUUAAAAUGCUCCAGUUGUGGCACUUUUUGUAAAGUCUGUGCAUCUGAUUCUUUGGUUUGUACAGAAUGCAUUGAUAGCUCAAGAAUGCAAUUUAGUGCAUCAGAUAAUAAAAUCUGUGAGUGUAAAGGAUCCAGCCAAAUUACAACUGUGACUGACUGUGCAUGUGCUGUUGGAAAAUACUUUACAAACAACGACUGCGCUCCAUGUGGGUCACUUUGUGCAGCCUGUGCAGAUACCACUGGAAUUUGUAGCUCUUGCAAAGAUGCCACUAUGACAAAAAGUGAUGAUAGUUUAAGCUGCAAAUGUAAACCAGGUCUUCAGCUCGAUGAUCAAGCAGGUACUUGUAAAUGCCCUUCAGGAUACUACUUCGACAGUAACACCUGCCAGCCUUGCGGAACUCAUUGUUCUGUUUGCGACUCAACUAGAUGCUCUGUGUGUGAUAGCAUCAGCCAUCUUAUAGUUGAUCCAUCAAACAGCAACAACUGUAUUUGUGAAAGCAGCUAUUAUUGGAUUGUAGCAAAUAAUGACUGUGAGCAAUGCACUGAUGGAACUUACUAUGACGGAAGCAAAUGCUCUAGCUGUUCCACUAACUGUAAAGCCUGCGAUAAUUUCACUGGGAAAUGCAAUACUUGUGUUGGCGGAGAUAGAAUGGAAUUUCAUCCUACGGAUGACAAAGCUUGCAGAUGUAAAGGAACUCAAAUUCUUAGCGGGCUGACUUGCUCUUGCAGCUCAGGGUCUUAUUUUGAUAACCUUACUUGCUCUCCAUGCUCUGACUUAUGCGAUAUCUGCACAGAUUUGACUGGAGAUUGCACACAAUGCAAAGAUUUAUCUUUAAUGACUAUCGACCCACAAAACAUUAAAAACUGCAAAUGCAAGCAUUUUGACCUAACAGCUGUAUCAGGUCAGUGUGUCUGCACUGGAGGCAAACAAUGGAAUGGAUCUGAAUGCUCUAUUUGUGGAAACUUCUGUAAAACUUGCGAUUUAGGAAACAAUGUCUGCACUGCGUGCAUAGACAGCACAAGAAUGGACCCAGUAAGCAGCAGUGUUACUUGUAAAUGCAAAGCUGGCUUAAUAACCUCAACAGCUGGCUGCAGUUGUGCUGCAGGCUCUUACUAUGACAGCUCAUCAUGCUCUACUUGUGGAGAUUUAUGCACGGAUUGUACAGAUGUUUCAGGCGAUUGUACUGCUUGUAAAGACAGCUCUAUGGAAUUCGAUCCUACUAAUAAGAAAAUAUGUAGAUGCAAAGGAACUCAACAGUAUAGCACCGUGCUAAGUACUUGUACAUGCCCAAUUGGAUAUUACGACGGCUCGACUUGUCAAAGCUGCACAACUCUUUGUUUAACUUGUGAUUCAACUAAGUGUUUAACUUGUCAAAAUAUUCCCCAUCUUGUUGUAGACACCCAAACCCUAACCUUUAUCUGUGAGUAAGCAAAAAAACACUAAAAAUCCCUAUUUUGGGAAAAAAAUUAGUAGGAAAAUUUGUUUGAAUAUAACUUUUUUAAAUAUUAUAAUAAUUAAUUUUACUUAAUUUAAACAGCUAGCAUUUUUUAAAAUAUAAAUUUGCAAAUUUAAUGAAUUUUUCCUUUUAUGAAUUGGAUGCUAAAAAUACUCUAAAAUUUUUAUAUCUAAAUUGUAAAAAAAAUUAACCCUAAAAAUUGCGUCUGCGCUAGCGGCUACAAUUGGAUUACAGCAAGCGGCAGUUGUGAGCAAUGCUCUGUUGGAACUUACUACGAUGGCAACAAAUGUGCUAGCUGCUCGGCUAUGUGUGCUACUUGCUCUGGGCUGACUGGAACUUGCGAUACUUGUAAAGACACCGCUAGGAUGGAUCUUAGUGGAACCACAUGCAUUUGUAAAGGAAAUCAAAAGUUAACCGGAUCAACAUGCUUUUGUGAUGCUGGGUAUUACUUUGAUGGCUCGACAUGUGUUAAAUGUUCAAACUUAUGCAGUGCUUGCACAGAUUAUACCGGAGUAUGCACAACAUGUAAGGAUUCGAAAAUGACAUUCGACAUAAACGACAACAAAAACUGUAAAUGUAUCGGAGAUCAGAUUCUUAGCGGAGAGACUUGCACCUGCCCUAGCAACCAACAAUUCAAUGGAAUUGGUUGCUCUGCUUGCGGCGAAUUCUGCAGUACUUGUGAUGUUAAUGCUAAAAUCUGCAGCACUUGUGUAGAUGGAAAUAAGAUGUCACCUGUGAGUGGUACAGUAACUUGUGCCUGCAAAGGGAAUCAACUUAAAACAAAUACCGGCUGCACUUGCCCUUCAGACUAUUACUUUGACAGCUCAACUUGCUCGACUUGCGGCGAUUUAUGUACUACAUGCACAGAUAUAUCAGGUGCAUGCACUGCCUGUAAAAGUGAUAAAAUGGAAGUUAACCCUACUAAUCAGAAAGUUUGUAGAUGCAAAGGAACUCAACAAUAUAGCUACACGCUAUCCUCCUGCUACUGUCCUACUGGAUACUUCGAUGGCUCGACUUGUCAGAGUUGCACAACUCUUUGCUCGACCUGCGACUCGACUAAGUGUUUAACUUGUCAAGGUAUUGCCAACCUUAUAGUAGACCCUCAAAACCCAACUAACUGUGUCUGUGCGAGCGGCUACAAUUGGAUUACAGAAUUGGGCAAGUGUGAUCAAUGCUCUGUUGGAACUUACUACGAUGGCAACAAAUGUGCUAACUGCGCUGCUAUGUGUGCUACCUGCUCUGGGCUGACUGGUACUUGUAAUACUUGCAAAGACACUGCUAGGAUGGAUCUUACUCCCACCUCUUUGAGCGAACAAAAAAUUUUUAUGAAAAACAUUAUAUAUAAAUGAUAAUUAUUAUAACGAAAUCUCUAUCAAAUUCUAAUAAUUUUAAACAUCUUGAGUUUUAAAAUAUAAAUUUCUCAAAGUAAAUUAAUUUUUGCUUCUCUUUUCAUAUUAGAUUUUUUAAAAUUUAACAUAAAUAAUUUUUUUAGAAGACAUUAACUUCCUUUCGUGAGUUAUCAAAAUUUUUUGUUCGCUCACGGAGGGGGAGCUAGUGGAACCACAUGCAUUUGCAAAGGAACCCAAAAACUAACUGGAUCAGCAUGUUCUUGUGAUACAGGGUACUAUUUUGAUGGAUCUAAUUGUAUUCAAUGCUCAAGCCUGUGCGCCUCUUGCUUCGAUUACACUGGUGAAUGCAAAUCUUGCAAAGAUUCGAAAAUGACAUUUGACCCAGCCAAUAAGAAGAACUGUAUAUGUAUCGGAGAUCAGACUCUUGACAAUGGAGCAUGCACUUGCCCUCUCGGCCAACAAUUUAAUGGUGUCAAAUGUUCUGAGUGCGGAACAUUUUGCGAUUCCUGCAAUGUUGCAGGAAUAAUAUGUAACAUUUGUAUUGAUUCUACAAAGAUGCUUGCAGUUACCGGAACUACUACUUGUUCAUGCAAAGGCGACCAAAUUGCAACAGUAAGCGGCUGUUCUUGUCCUACUGGAUAUUACUUUAAAGACACAAAAUGCACUCAAUGCGGCAGCUUAUGUGCUUUAUGUGCAGAUACAACAGGAAUUUGCAGCACCUGCAAGAAUGAUUCUACAAUGGAAGUAAACCCUAGCGACACCACAACUUGUAGGUGUAAAGGAACCCAGCAAUACAACAACGCUUUAUCGGCUUGUGCUUGCCCUAUUGGCUAUUUUGAUAAUAGCAACUGUAAGAGCUGCACAACUCUUUGCUCGACCUGUGACUCCACCAAGUGUUUAACUUGCCAAUCUAUUGCCCAUCUUGUAGUUGACACUCAAAACCCUAAAAACUGUGUUUGUGCCAGCGGCUAUAACUGGAUUACCUCUAAAAGUGAAUGUGAGCAAUGCUCUGCAGAUACUUAUUAUGAUGGCAACAAAUGUGCUAGCUGCGGGACUAAUUGCGCAACUUGUUAUGAUGGGACUGGAGUUUGCAAAACCUGUAAGAGCUCAAGAAUGGAAAAAGGAAGUGACCCCACUAAAUGCAUUUGCAAAGGAACUCAAAAGUUAACCGGAUCUACAUGCUCUUGUGAUGCAGGGUACUACUUUGAUGGAGAUACAUGUGUUCAAUGCUCAGAUUUAUGCAGUACUUGUGAAGAUUAUACUGGAGCAUGCGAAACAUGUAAAGACUCGAAAUUAAUGACAUUCGACUCAAACGAUAAUAAAAAAUGCAAAUGUAUUGGAGAUCAGAUUCUUAGUGGAGAUACUUGCACUUGCCCUAGCAGCCAGCAAUUCAACGGAUAUGUAUGCUCUACUUGCGGUGUAUUUUGUAGUACUUGUAAUGUCAAUGGUCAAGUCUGCAGCACUUGCAUAGAUGGAAAUAAGAUGUCACCUGUAAGCAAUUCUGUUACUUGUGCCUGCAAAGGGAAUCAAAUACCAACAAACACUGGUUGUACUUGCCCUUCAGGCUCUUACUUUGACAGCACAACUUGUUCGACUUGCGGCGAUUUCUGCACAACAUGCACAGAUACAUCUGGUGUCUGCACUGCAUGUAAAGAUAGUAAAAUGGAGGUGGACCCUGCAAAUUCAUACGACACCUAGUCCACAACGACUAUUUUUUUAAUAAAUAUUUUUGGUUUAUUUUUUUAUUUAUUAAGGUUUUUUAGCCUAUAUUGUUUUGAACGAACUAUUAUUUUUUGGAUCUUUUUGGCAUAUUGCUUUAGACUAUAUUUUCACCUUUUUUCAUAUAUUUUGAUUGGCCCAUAUUUUGGUUAAUUAUUUUUGGCAUUUUAUAGCCAUUUGCUUUAAAAAAUGAUUCCAUUUUGACUAUUGUGGUUAUUUUCAAUCCAUUUAUUCUAAUGUUUUUGCCAGAAGUUACAUUAUAAAUUUUUUUAGCAUUAAGCAAGAGGCUAAAAAAAAAUUAGGCUAAACAAAAUAGGCAUAAAAAAAGUUUUAUGUAGGCGUCGUGUGAAAGAAUUAUGGACCCUGCUAAUCAAAAAGCUUGCAGAUGUAAAGGAACUCAAAAAUAUAGCUACACGCUAUCUUCUUGCUAUUGUCCAACUGGAUACUUCGAUGGCUCAACUUGUCAGAGCUGCACAGCUCUUUGCUCGACCUGUGACUCGGCCAAAUGUUUAACUUGCCAGUCUAUUGCAAACCUUGUAGUCGACACCCAAAACCCUAAAAACUGUGUCUGUGCAUUAGGCUAUAAUUGGAUUACUGCAAGCAGCUCCUGUAAUCAAUGCUCUGUUGGAACUUACUACGAUGGAAGCAAAUGUGCUGACUGUUCAGAUAAUUGUGCAAGUUGUUAUAACGGCAGUGGAUUUUGCGCUGUCUGCAAAGACUCAAAAAUGAUAAUAAGCACCAGCGACCCAACAAAAUGCAUCUGCAAAGGAAACCAAAAGAUUAGUGGAUCUACAUGCUACUGCGAUUCAGGCUACUACUUUGAUGGCUCAAAUUGUGUCCAAUGCUCAAGCUUAUGCACAUCUUGCUCUGAUUAUACUGGAGAAUGUCUUUCAUGCAAAGAUUCUACAAUGACUAUUGAUCCAGCCAAUAAGAAAAACUGUAUUUGUAUUGGAGACCAAAUUCUUGAUGGUAACAACGCAUGCACUUGUACUGGAACUAAACAAUUCAAUGGUGCUAUAUGUUCUGAUUGUGGAACCUUCUGUACGACUUGCAAUGUAAAUCAAAAUGUAUGUAGUGUCUGCUUGGGAAACAGAAUGGAGCCAGUAAGCAGCACUGUUACUUGUGCUUGUAAAGGAAAUCAGCUAGUCUCAGCCUCUGGCUGCAGUUGUCCUGCAGGCUCUUACUUUGACAGCACAACAUGUUUGGCUUGUGGCACUUUUUGCACGGCUUGUGACGACUUAACUGGAAAAUGCAAUACAUGUAACUCUGCAACUAUGGAAGUAAGCGACAGUGAUUCAAAAUCUUGUAAAUGCAAAGGAACUCAAGUAUAUAGCAGCGUUUUAUCCUCUUGCUACUGCCCUACUGGAUACUUCGAUGGCUCUACUUGUCAGAAUUGUACAACUCUUUGCUCAGCCUGUGACUCGACCAAGUGUUUAACUUGCCAAGGUAUUGCAAACCUUAUAGUAGACCCUCAAAACCCAACUAAUUGUGUCUGUGCAGCAGGCUAUAAUUGGAUUACCGCAACCAGCAGCUGUGAGGUAUGCGAAACUGGAACUUACUAUGAUGGAAACAAAUGUGCUAGCUGCACAACGAAUUGUGCAAGUUGUUAUUACGGCACUGGAUUCUGUGCUUUAUGCAAAAACGUCAGAAUGACAAUAAAUGUCAAUGACUUGAUGAGCUGCAUCUGCAAAGGAAACCAAAAGAUUAGUGGAUCUACAUGCUACUGCGAUUCAGGCUACUACUUUGAUGGCUCAAAUUGUGUCCAAUGCUCAAGCUUAUGCACAUCUUGCUCUGAUUACACUGGAGAAUGUCUUUCUUGCAAAGGUUCAAAAAUGACUAUUGAUCCAGCCAAUAAGAAAAACUGUAUUUGUAUUGGGGACCAAAUUCUUGAUGGUAACAACGCAUGCACUUGUUCUGGAACUAAACAGUUUAAUGGCAAUAAUAAUAAAGAGUUUAGUUUAUCCCUACCCUACGUUACCACCAAAUCAGCACCAUCAGCACCAUCAGCACCAUCAGCACCAGCAGCGCCAUUAGCACCAUCAGCACCAUCAGCACAUCAGCAUCACAACAAGCAUCUUCCACUCAGCACAAACCAACUCAUUUCCAGCUAAAUUAAAUUCUCAUCACUAUAUUUCCAUCUUUUCUGGUGACGUCCUCAAAAAUGGGUGACGUCACCAUCGACAGGGGAGACCCUUGUUCCUUUAGCUUCCGGACCUAGCGGCCACGGGUUCCUACUCCAGAGGGGUAUUGGCUCUGGAGAUGAUUUUCCGCGCCUUUUUUCACGCCCCAAGCUCCGCACGAGGCAUCCUCACUUCCUUCUCGCCGUGAAGUCCGUCCAAAAUUGCUGGUGCACACCUCAAGGGCCUAGGGAAAAGGCCCAAUUUUAUUAGCAAAACUCACCCCCUGACACUUCCUUGCUCCAUGGCCUCCAGGUGACGCCUUUUUGUUUUGGCGUCACCUGGCCAAAAAAAAAUGUCUGUUUAAUGGCAAGGAAUGCGUGGACUGCGGAUAUUUCUGUAGCACUUGCGAUGUAUCUGGUAAUGCAUGCAACACCUGUAUUGACUCAGUCAGAAUGGAACAAGUAAGUAGCACUCUUACCUGCCAAUGCAAAGGAAACCAAAUCGCAAAUAUUGGCUCUUGCACUUGUCCUUCAAGCAACUAUUUCGACAGUUCAAAUUGUGAAGCUUGUGGCGAUUUAUGUGCUGCAUGCGAUGACUCAACUGGGAAAUGCAAUACAUGUAUAAACACUGCAACUAUGGAACCGAGCGGCACAUAUUUAAAGACUUGCAAAUGCAAAGGAACCCAACAAUAUAGCAGCCUAACGAAAUCUUGUUCCUGCACUUUAGGCUACUUCGAUGGCUCAACUUGUCAGAGCUGCACAACUCUUUGUUCUUCUUGUGAUGUAACUAAGUGUUUAGCAUGUCUUAGUAUCAAAAUUAAUUACACAAAAAUUUUUUUUUUAUUGACAAAAAAAAUUAAAAACAAAAAAUUUUGGAAAAUUUAUCGAUCAAAGUGCUAAUUUUGUUUAAAUAAGAUGUUAUUUAUACUCUAUUCUUUAAAACAAAGCAAGAAAUAAGUAAAUUUUGAAAUUUUUAUAAAGAAUUCCUAUUGAAUUUAUAUCAAAACUAUCCAAAUAAAAAAUAUCAUUUUUAUCAAAAAAAAACAAAAAAUUUUUUUUUCAAAAUUUUUAAAAAAAAAAAAUUAAUUUUUUUUUUAAAAUUUGCCAAUUAAGGAUAAUAAAUUUAUUUAAAUAAGAUGCUCUUUAUACUUUUUUCUUUUAAAAAAGAGCAAGAUAUAAAUAAAUUUUUAAUUUUAGUUUAGAAGAAACAUUUAACUUAUAUCAAAACUUUUUAGAUAAAAAUUAUAUAUAAAUUUUGUUCCAAUUUAAAGGGGGGCUAAUUUACCAAAAAAGUGGAAAUUUUACCGAUAUUUUGUUCCAAUUUAAAGGGGGGGAGUUAGUAUUUACCAAUCUUGAAGUAGAUCCUAACAACCCAACAACUUGUCAUUGUGCCGCUGGAUAUAACUGGAUAACUGCGACUAGCACUUGUGAGCAAUGCCAAACUGGAACUUAUUAUGAUGGAGAUAAAUGCGCUCCUUGCUCUACUAACUGUGCAAAAUGCUACAAUGGUUCUGGAAUCUGCAGCGUCUGCGUAGAUACAAGAAUGGAUAUUAGCUUAAAUGAUUUGACUAGUUGUACAUGUAGAGGAAACCAAAAGAUCAGCGGAUCCACAUGUUCUUGCGACUCAGGCUAUUACUUUGAUGGUUCCAAUUGCGUGAAAUGCUCUGACUUGUGUGCUACUUGCCUUGAUUACACUGGAGUUUGUACAGCAUGCAAGGAUUCUGCGAAGAUGACCUUUGAUACAGCAAACAAGAAGAAUUGCAAGUGCAUUGGAGACCAAGUACUUACUCCCCAAUCUGUGAGCGAAUAAAACGAUUAGAAAAUUUUCUAUUUUUUGCUCAAAAACCCAUCCUCCGUAAGCGAAUUUUUUAAUAGCAAAAUUGUUUAUGAAACAUUUUGAUAUAUAAGUUAUAAUUAUAUUUGAUUUUAAACAAAUUGCGUUUUAAAACAUAAAUUUUACAAAUUAAAUUAAUAUUUGCUUUCAAUUUUGCAAAGUGUGAUUUUUUAAAUUUCGAAAAAAAAUUUUCUAAAAAAAAAUUAACCCCCUCUGUGAGCGAACAAAGAUUUUUUGUUCACUCAAGGAGGGGGUAGUUAGCAACAAUGUAUGUACUUGCACUGGAACUAAGCAAUUCAAUGGCUCUGAGUGCUCUGAUUGCGGAACGUUCUGUUCCACUUGCAAUGUAAACGCGAAAGUCUGCGACAUUUGCAUUGAUACAGUUAAAAUGACAGCAGUUUCUGGCACAGUAACUUGCUCAUGCAAAUCUGGUCAGCAAGUCACAGCGACAGGCUGUAUUUGUGCUUCAGGAUCAUAUUUCGACACUACAACGUGCUCAGCCUGUGGUAGCUUAUGUGCUACAUGUGCUGAAACAACUGGCAAAUGUUUAACAUGCAAAAACUCGGUAACUAUGGAAUUCGGCACUGAUCCAAAGACUUGCAAAUGCAAAGGCACUCAGCAGUACAACAGUGAUACAGCUUCAUGCUACUGCGCUUCAGGCUACUUCGAUGGCUCAACUUGUCAGAGUUGCUCUGUCCUUUGCUCUACAUGCGAUUCUAGUAAGUGCUUAACUUGUCAAAAUAUUGCUAACCUUGAAGUUGAUCUUACAAACCCUAAGACUUGCCAUUGUGGGGCUAGCUAUAAAUGGAUAGUAGCAACUAGUACCUGUGAGCAAUGCGCUACCGGAACUUAUUAUGAUGGAAGCCAAUGUGCUUCCUGCUCUACCAACUGCGCAAGCUGCUUUGACGGGCUUGGAAUAUGCGGAAAAUGCACUGAUUCAAGAAUGACACCAAACCUACUUGACUUAACUAAAUGCAUGUACACAAAAAUGGCGUGGCGAACCAACCCGACCUCCUAACAUCUGUAGCUGGGGUUACCCAGGGACCUUGUGGAAGGGAGAUAGGCGUUCGGUAAUGUGUAUCCGGCCAGGUUUUACUUGGUUUGGGUGGAGCGCAUUGUCGGAUUAGGCCGACCGCAAGUUCACACCCGGUACCAAGGUUUUGCCUCUUGGGAAGAUGGAUCCGGCGUUGGAAAGGGAAAGCCCAGAAAAGUCGAUAAGACCAAUUGGGCAAGUUCCUAGCGCGAUACCAGGCGUUGCGUCCUGGGCGACGGAUUCCAUCUUGGUCGGUAGCUUGACCAGAAAAUUCAUUUUUUGAAUUUUCUGGAAGGGCAACCCAAGUUGACGUACGGCACGGUGGCCCAGCCCAAUGACUCGCCGUUAGACGCGAGCCUCAGGCGGCGAGGAGUCUACCCCUAAAGGGUGGCGGCAGGCGGCCAAGACGAAACAAGGUGGAGAUAAAGCGUCGUACGACGCCAACAGGGAGCUUCUCGAUAAUCUUAAUUAACUAAUCAACUAACUUAACUAAAUGCAUUUGCAAAGGAAACCAAAUUGUCAGUGGAUCAACAUGCACCUGUGACUCAGGGUUCUACUUCAAUGGCGAAAAUUGUGUGCAAUGCUCCAGCUUAUGCAGCUCUUGUUUAGAUUACUCUGGGCAGUGCACAUUGUGUAAAAAUCCUCAAACAAUGAUAUUCAACCCAAUCAACAAUAAAGCUUGUAAAUGCAUAGGUGAUCAGUAUCUUAGCAAUGAUGCAUGCACUUGUGAUGCUGGCAAACAAUUUAAUGGUGAAAUUUGCUCUACCUGCGGAAACUUUUGUAAAACUUGCAAUGUCGCAGCAAAUUCCUGUAGCGCCUGCAUAAAUGAUAGCACAAUGACAGCAGUUGCUAGCACGGUAACUUGUUCAUGCAGACCUGGUCUAAAUACCUUAACAACAGGCUGCACGUGUAAUUCAAACUUUUACUUUGACGGCUCCAAAUGCUCUGCCUGUGGUGAUUUAUGCGAUACUUGCACUGAUAUCUCUGGAAAAUGCAAUGCAUGCAAAAAUAUGGUAACUAUGGAAUUCACUACUGAUCAAACGAAUUGCAAAUGCAAAGGCACUCAGCAGUAUAACAGUGAUACAGCUUCAUGCUACUGCGCUCCAGGCUACUUCGAUGGCUCAACUUGUCAGAGUUGCUCUGUCCUUUGCUCUACAUGCGAUUCUAGUAAAUGUUUGACUUGUCAAAAUAUUGCUAACCUUGAAGUUGAUCUUACAAACCCUAAGACUUGCCAUUGUGCCAUCGGAUACAAAUGGAUUGUAGAAGGUAACACCAGCACCUGCGGGAAAUGUUUAGCUGGCACUUAUUAUGAUGGAAUCAAAUGCUCUAGUUGCUCGACCAACUGUGCUACAUGCUAUGAAGGAGCUGGAUUAUGUGAAACCUGCAGUGACUCUUUGAGAAUGAAAAAGAAUCCAAAUGAAUUAACUAAAUGUAUUUGCAAAGGAAACCAAAAGGUCACUGGAUCAACAUGCUCUUGCGAUGCAGGCUACUAUUUUGAUGGUGACAAUUGUGUCCAAUGCUCAGACUUAUGCAAAACCUGCAAAGAUUACACUGGUGAGUGUCAGGAGUGUGUUGAUUCAACUAAGAUGAUGGUUGAUACAACAAAUAAGAAAAACUGUAAAUGCAUAGGCGAUCAAACUCUUUCUAAUAAGCAAUGCACUUGCUCAGGAAAUAAACAAUUCAACGGUUCUGUAUGCUCUGAUUGCGGCUAUUUCUGCAGCACUUGUAACACUGAAACUAAGACAUGCUUAACUUGUGUUGAUUCUAGAAGAAUGGCACCAGUCAGCGGCACCACUACUUGUGCAUGUAAGUCAAAUCAAAUUACAAAUACUAACUCUUGUUCCUGUGCUUCUGGCUCUUACUUUGAUGACACAACAUGUCCUAGCUGCCAAAACAAAUGUGUAAGCUGUAAAAGCUUGUGUGCUACCUGCGAUGAUUACACUGGAUAUUGUCAAACUUGUAAAGACACUGCAAGAAUGGAUACCGACCCAGCAGAUAAAACAAAAUGCAUAUGCAGAGGAACUCAACAGCUUGUCAUUGCAACCUCUACUUGUAGCUGUGCAGCAGGUACCUAUUAUAAUGGAACUACAUGUCUUAAAUGUGGAGAUCGCUGCACCACAUGUGAGGACUAUACUGGAAAAUGCAAGACUUGCCUUGAUCCUUCCAGAAUGGACCUUUCUGAUAAGAUUUGCCAAUGUAAAGGAAACCAGCAAUCCAGUUCUGACGCAUGCUCUUGUCUUUCAAUGCAAUACUAUGACGGAUCAACUUGCCAAUCUUGUGGCAAAAACUGUAAGACUUGCAAAGACAUGACUGCAGAAUGUACAUCAUGUUAUAGUAAUUAUGCCCUUGAACAAUUAGCUCUCCCAUUAGUUUGUUCUUGUCCUGCUAAAACCUAUGAUAUCAUUUCAGGCUGCAAUCCUUGUGGAACAAUGUGUGCUUCUUGUUUGAAUGCAGGAAUUUGUUCAACUUGCAACGAUGAUACAGUUCAAGAACUAGACCAAAAUAAUAACCAGAACUGUAAAUGUAAAGCUGCUAACUACUAUGAUGGCAUAACUUGCCAAAGCUGUGGAACUUACUGUUCUGCAUGUGAAGCAACCAAAUGUACUCAAUGUGUGGACACAGAUAAUAUGGUUUACAAUGUUAUUAGCGCUCACAAUUGUGAAUGCAAACUCGGAAUGUACUAUGACGCUAAUUCAGGCAAAUGCUUCAGUUGUAUAGAUAAAUGCAAUGUUUGUAGCAGUGGCACAAGCUGUACUACUUGUGAAAGCGGAUAUUAUUUCGAUGUGCCUACGUCUAGCUGUAAAGUAACUACAUGUACCUCUGGAACUUAUUAUGAUGAAAACUCGUGUAAAGCAUGUUCUGCUCCUUGCUUGGCUUGCUCCAGCUCAGCUUUCUGUUAUACUUGCAUUACAGCUGACCUUUCAAUUGACGCCAGAGCUGGAACUUGUAACUGUGCGGCUGGUAAAUGGUAUAAGUCUUCUAGUAAGACUUGUGAGCUCUGUGGACAAUACUGCUCAACUUGUACAGGAUCUUAAUCUUAAUCUUAAUCUUAAUUAUAUGCUAUUGAGUAGCUCCCGGCCAGGACCGUAGAUCCUUUUCUUCCUCCUUUUGGUCGCUCGCUUGCUUUCCUUGCCCUGCUCCCAGUGUAUACCUAAGUGCCACAGGCUACCACUCGGCUCCUUCCUAUCAUGGGGCUUGGUCAUGAAAUUCCGGAAGUAGGCGGACUGGGUCACCAUGCUUCACGUCGUCGACUAGGGUUAGAGCUAGGGAUUAACUCCCUAGCUCUUAUCGGCAUCUGCUGUGCCGUCCGAUUUGGGCACCAGCAGUCCCUAGAGGAAAACCCUUUUUUGUCCCAUGUCCCGUCGGGACGAUCCGAAAAUUGUCAUUGCUGGACCGGGAGGGAAACCUAGCCGGACACAAAUACCAGUACCCAUACCAGACCUUUCCCUGAGUGGAUUGGCUUCAAGCCGCAGCAAGGUCCCCAAUCACACUACAGGUUCGGGAGAGGACGGGGUCGGUGUCGUUGCCAUUUUAUUUGUGUCAACUUGUACAGGAACUGCUGAUUUCUGCUCAACUUGUAUUGAUUCUACUAUGACUUAUAAUGCAGUCACAGGAGUGUGCACAUGUCCAGCGAAAACUUAUUUCAGUGGAGGAGUUUGUAAGAGCUGCGCUGAUCCUUGCUCGAAUUGCAGCAGCCUGACAUUCUGUUUAAGCUGUGUUGAUGCUACAAUGACCUUGACAACAGCUACUGGAGUUUGUAGGUGUAAGGAUGGAUUUUACUUUGAUUCAACAAGUCAUAAGUGUUUGGCUUGCGAUGCUACAUGUGCUACCUGCUCUAGCUCAUCAAGCUGCUCUACUUGCAAAGAUCCUACAAUGACUCUUAAUCCUUUUAAUUGAUAAGAAGACAAAAUUUAGUCCUUUUUUUAAUAGUAAAUUUUAAGGUAUUACAGACUACUUCUAUUUAAAUUUUUAAUUAUUUUCCGCAUAAAAAGAAAUAUAAAAUUUUAUUGAUACUUAAAGGGAAAUUAGUUCUGGUGUUUGUACUUGCUCUGCUCGCCAAUAUUUCGACACUCAAUCUCUGUCCUGCAAGAACUGCGAUGCUACCUGUGGAAAAUGCACAAGCUCUUCUUCAUCAUCUUGCACUGCUUGCAGAGAUCCAGCUAUGACUUUGACCAAUGGAGUUUGUACUUGUCCAAGCACCCAAUAUUUCAAUUUGGUUACAAACGCCUGUAAGACCUGCACUGGACCUUGCAAGAGCUGUACUUCUGAUACUUUCUGCACAUCUUGUCUUGAUACAGCUACUCUCAAUUCUCAAACUGGAGUCUGCUCAUGUGCUGACAAACAAUACUUUAACUCUACCCAUUCCAAAUGCACAACUUGCAAUGGUCUCUGCAACACCUGUUCCUCAUACUCAACCUGCAUAACUUGUGUUGAUAAGACAAACCCAGUCUCCAAUGGUAUAUGCACAUGUGCAAACGGAUACUAUGCCUUAGACAAGCAAUGUGUUAUGUGUCCUUCCCCAUGCUCAACUUGUUCUAGCGCCACAUCAUGUACUGGCUGUAAGAAGCACGCAACUCUAAAUAACUCAAGCAAGAAAUGCACUUGUGACAGAGGCUAUGGCCUUAAUAGUACUGAUACUUCUGGAUAUUGUGUCGCUACUUGUAAUAAGCUUUGCACUGUUUGUGACAUUGAUAAUGCCAAUCUUUGCUCUAGUUGUGUGACAAAUGCUGAGCUUUCAGGAACAACUUGUGCUUGCACUGCUAAUUCUGCAUAUAGUAGUGCCACUGGAGGGUGCGCUUGCAAUGCAGGGUAUACGUUGUCAAAUAGUAAGUGUGUAGUUUGCAAGAGGUAUCUUACACCAAGUGACUUAUUGUCUGCUGAAUUCAGCUCGUCGUGGACGUCAAUUUCUAUUAAUUUCAAUACAAAGGUGGACACCUCAGUUGACCCGUCAUGCUCGAAAACUUUCACCGCAGCAACAGUAGCCUUGUUUGGAACUGGUGCAGUUUGUUCAUGGACUGAUAAAAAGACACUCAAAGUAGCGUUAGGCACUGGCUUUUCACUACAGUCUAGCACUCUUUAUUUGGAUGGAACUUAUAUUCUGAAAGAUUCUUCUGAUCCUUGCACUACUAACUAUCAGCCUCUUUCGCUGAUUCCCACAUCUACAUCUAGUCCUGUUCCUACAGCAGUUAUAACUGGCCAAUCCAGCUUUACUUUAGGCUGCGGGACUGAUCCUCUUACUUUCAUAAUUAUAAAAUAAGCAUAUUCUAAUUAUGAGGUUUGGCUCCACAAUUUGUCCUAGCAAUCGUAGAGAUAUAAAACCCAGUGAUGUUCUGAACUGCCGCCUAGUCUUUAGGGGCUGGGAUGUCUAGGGUGCGCCUGACAGACUCAAGUUGACUUGUUCAAAAGCUAAAAAGCUGAAGAAUAAAAAUCUUAGGAUUCAAAUGUCUGAGAAGAAGCUUGCAUAGUGAACAAAAAUUGUUUGGGUCAGCAGCCAGAUUAUUUCGUUAGGACAACCCCCAAAAAGUUUUAUGGCUAGAGAGAUUGAACUUUAAAAUUGAUUAAAGAUCCUCUUACAUUCUCUGGCGACAAAUCUACAGGAUCUCUAGGAAAUAAUUUAUCUUACCUCUGGGCCGUUACUUCAAUAUCUCCAGCUAACUCCAAAGUAUCGGACGCCAUCAAUAAUAAAGCAGAUUCUUCAAUUUCUAUAGACCGUUCCUACUUUGACUCAACUGCCACAACCACAGUUACCGCCAGCUUAACAGUGACCAAUUUCUUGAUCAUUUCAAACACUGCUUCCUUUACAACCACAGUCACUGGUGGAAAUGCAUUGACAGUGAUAUUUGACCAAGGCAAUACAGUCUCUAUGAAAUCUUCGACGUCUAAAACACUUAAAGUAAAAGUCACUUCUCUAUGUGGAACAACUACUGGAACUAUCACUUGGGCAUGGAGUUAUGACAGUGGACCGACUAUAGACUCUACCUCAAUUCUUGCUAACGCAAAUGCAGAUAAGCUAACCAUUAAUGCGAAUGCUUUGACAGCAAACUCUAAUCCAUAUGUAUUUAUAGCAACUGCUUCACAAGUCAGCGAUGGGUCGACAAUUACAGGAAGUGCCACUAUUUCAGUCACAGUAACUGCUUCACCAUUAAGCGUUGGGCUAUCUAAAACAAGUGGAGAUGUUUCUCCUGACAAAGACUAUACUGUUAACGCCCAAAAUUCAAAAGACCCUGACAAUCCUAGCUCGACUUACAACGAUUUUACGUAUAAGUGGACUUGUUUGAAUAGCUUAGAUAACAGUGCAUGUGUAGGAGCUGAUGGCAAGACUCCUUUGAGUAGCGAUACUGACUCCACUUUGACUAUUCCUUCAUCACAAAUGGUUAAAGGAGCCCAAUGGGAUAUUACUUGCACUAUAACUAAAGACACAAGAACUGCUACUGCUACAAUAUCUCUAAAUAUUCUGAGCAAGGCAUCUGACAUCUCAAUUGAAAUUGAAUACAAGGUCAAAAAAUAUAAUCCAUCCGAGAAUAUUGUGAUAACUGCUCAAGUCACAGCUGCUUCUACAGCUACUUUGAAAUGGACUGAAAAUUCAGGUUCAAUCACCAUUUCUCCUAGCUAUUUGUCUACAAUGUCUGUGCUUUCUGGUCAGCUAACUCCAGGCUCAACAUAUACAUUUACCCUCACAAUUAUAUCUAAUGAUAUUAGCUUUAAAGUUCAUUAUCCAGUCACCUUUAAUCUUGGUCCAGUUUGUAGCAAAGAUGUUAGUCUAAAUCCAGAUCAUGGCACAGCGAUCAUUACAUCAUUUAAAUUAAGCAUUGAGGGCUGCUAUGAUAAAGAUGAAGAAGACUACCCAUUAUCAUAUACUUACUUAGACUACUCCAACAAUAAAGCAUACACUCUUGGCUACACCACAGAAAUUAACUCGCUGUCCACAUACCUCUUCCCUCAAAAGAAUACCAUCACCAUUCGUGUUUGUGAUUACAUGAAGACUUGCAAUGAAUAUAAGAAAGAUGUCACAAUUGAUAACUUUAAUAGCAGGCGUUUAGAAACAAAAUCAUUGAUGGAUUAUUAUAAAGAAAGUACGGUUGACGUUGAUAAUGUGCCUUCUACCAUUUCGCUAUUUUGCGGCUCAGCGACUAUUGAUAGUGAUCUAUUCUCCCUUAUGUGGACUGAUUUGCAGAAUUAUAUUUCAAGUAAUCAGGUGAAUAAUGAUGUAUUGGAAAAUGCAUUAGGUGCAACUUACUCAAUGACAGGCCAAACAGAGCAGAUGAGUGUAGAAAUGUUCCAGACAUUUGCUAUAUGACUUUCUAAAAUUAUUGUGGACAACCCUGAUCUUGUACCAAGCCAAGAUAACAUGAAUACUAUUGUGGCUCUUGCUGAUAAUUAUUUGGUGUAUGGAAACAUAACUGAGUUUUCUAGUCUGUCUCUUGAAGGAUAUAUUAUGAAUAUUGAUGCAUUCCUGACAUAUUGGGAAAUAGCAGCCACUAAGGAUGAUUUGGUAACUCAAGGAGCUAUGGACGGAUCUCAAAACCUAAGAAAUUUAUUUUCCAGAAAUUUUCCUCGGCACCUGGAUUUUUUUCUCAUCGAACAUUUCGUCGACAAAAUCCGUUUUUCGAUUGAUGUCGAUUAGAAAAAAAAUUGUCUAGAAAUGGCUGCAAAAUGAAAUGUCACUUAGAAAAGGCACUUAGCCCUCAAAACACUGAUAUGACUAAAAUUUAUAAGUAUAGAGACUUCCCAACCUCGAUGGCCAAUCGCACAGUUCCGUUCUCCAACAACCGCACUAUUUCUAUGCCUGCAAAAUUAAGCUAUUCUGACACUGACGUCAUGAAUAUUAAACUGCACUAUUUCAACGCAUUAAAUGACUAUUCUGACCUUGUUAUGUUGAGUUUUGCACAGUCAGGAACUUAUGAGAACUUAAAACUUGAAACCACAAACGAGACUUAUGUGCCAUUCUCUACCACUGAUUAUCCAGUUAUCUUGGAAAUGCCGAUAUCUCAGAAUAUCACUGAAGGGUAUGACUGGACUUGCUUAUUCUAUAAUGAGACUAGUAAGGCAUGGCUUCAUGAUGGCUGCACUGUAACUGAAAUCAAAAACGAUAGCGUUGUAUUUGAAGUCUAUACUAAUUGACCAAGAAUAGCCCACUAAGGAGCCAUUCUUGGUCUGCCAGAAAAAAUUUUGACAAAAAGAUCCUAAUCUGCCAUUACCACUGAGUUUUGGUGUUUCCAAAUUUUUUGGGCAAGCCAAAUGCAAUAAAAAAAAUUGUUCUUUUGCGAUGAUGCAUUUGGCUUGUCAAAAAAAUUUGGAAACACCAAAACUCAGUGGUAAUGGCAGAUUAGGAUCUUUUCUGCCAUUACCACUGAGUUUUGAUGUUGCCAAAUUUUUUUGACAAGCCAAAUGCAUCAUCGCAAAAGAACAAUUUUUUAUUGCAUUUGGCUUGCCCAAAAAAUUUGGAAACACCAAAACUCAGUGGUAAUGGCAGAUUAGGAUCUUUUGUCAAAAUUUUUUUUCUGGCAGACCAAGAAUGGCUCCUUAGUGGGCUAUUCUUGGUCAAUUAGUAUAUCACUUCUCUAUGUUCAAGCUUGGACAAGCCGAACCCCAAGCUCCACCGAAUUCAUAUCCUCAACCUUCUGGGCCUUCUUGUGGCGAUAACUACGCUCCACUUUAUAUUCUGGUCGUCGUCCUCUUCAUUUCUAUGAUUUUGGCUCCAAUUAUGAUUAUAUAUGAUAGGUUUGAAAAGGCAGGAAAGACUGUUGAAGCAACUCCUCGCCCUGUUCAUGUUCCAAGACCUACUGAGCGAGCCUUGAUGUCGCCUUCUACUGAUAGCGUUGAAACUGCACCAAGAAGCGCAAGGCACUUCUUCCCAGGUCCUCAGCCUACAGAUUCAAUCGAGCUCGCUGAAGGCGAAGAAAUUGUUGAAGAGUCUGAACAAAGGAGUUCAGACUACGACAGUAACGAAAUUGUUGACUCAGUAAGCAUUGAUUUGACUGAAAACUCAUAUGCUCAGCCAGUCGCAGCUGAAACUAAAGUAGAGAAGCCUGAAGAUGAGUCUAAGACUGAGCUUGCUGAGCUCAUUGAAGGACAUUUGAUAGUUGGUUUAGUUUACUACAGAAGCAACUUCUCAAGAUGGGCUAGACUAUUCACACUGACAACAAUCAUUAUAUUUGAACUUUUACUUGAAGGAUUGCUGCUAUUUGGAUUUGAAAAUACUGACUCAGGAUCCUCAGCAUCCACUGAAACUCUGUUCAAUGACUAUGAAGCUAAGUACUUCGGGUAUACUAUUUUGGCUCUUGCCAUUGCAAUUCCUAUAGAAAUUUUCAUGGUAAUUGCGUUGAGCAUUGAUAGAACUAAAGCUCCAGCUUGGACAGCUGCUGCAGUUGCGCUAGGUAUUACUAUCAUUAUUGGCUCUAUAAUUGGAAUUGUUAUGCUUAGCUUCUCGUUCUGCUUCGAGUGGAGUGGAUACUGGGCUGUUUGCUUCCUCUAUGGAAUCUUGAUACAGAUAUUCAUAUUUGAGACCUUCUAUAUGAUUGUGAGAUACUUUAUUCUCCAAAUGGUUCCACAGGUGGAAGAAACCAAGACUAAGGCUUAA